AUGCAGCUCCUGCCUCUGCUCGCCUGGGCGCUGCUGCCAGGCUGCGGGGCACUGACCGCGCCCGAAACCGUGCGGGGCUCCCUGGGCGGUUCCCUGUCCGUCACCUGCACGUAUCGGCUGGGCUUGGAGAAGUUGCCGAAGUUCUGGUGCAUACCAAGUACAGCGAUUGUUUAUGCCUGUGCUGAGGACAUCGUCAUCACCUCGGAAUCGCAGCCCGAGGUGGUGCGGGGCCGCUUCUCCAUCCGGGACAACCGCGCACAGCGGGCAUUCACGGUGACCGUGGAUUAUCUGUCCGAGAAGGACGCGGGCAUCUUCCGCUGUGGGGUGCGAACGGGAAUACUUUUGCGUGAUGACAGUGCUGAUGUGAAGGUGAUCGUGCUCCCAGCAGCAGUGACCCCCACGUCGCGGGACUGGGCACAGACUGCGGGAGGAGGUUUCACGCCGAGCGUGACAGGAACACGGGGCCCGGACGCACCGCAGGGGACCCGCGGCACUUUCCUCUAUUUCCCAGCGCUGGCCGGGCUGCAGCUGCUGGCGCUGCUGGCCAUGAUUGCGGCCGUGCUCUGGGUCAGCGUGCGGGGCCGCUGA